CAUCAUAAAAAGUUGGUUGCAAAAGUAUUUUCGCCAGUCGCCGUUCGAGUCACUGACUCUGAAAAUUAAUUGAACCGAAAUUUUGGGCCAUUUUUUCUCUCUUGCAUUUGUUGCCCAUGAAAGUACGCUCAAGGCUUGUUGGCGCUGCAGCUGCGGUUGUUGUUUGCAGCUUUCUGUUUAUAUUUUGUGUUUACCGCGCACAAUUAAUAGAAUUUGUUCAAGAUGGUGCAAGCACAUUGCGCGAGAAUUCAUACAGUCGCUUUGGAUUUGCUUUACUUAUUACCCUCAUGUCGAUACCACCUAUGCUCGGAUUUACAUUAACGACGACCAGCUGCGGAUUCAUUUACGGAUUCCCUGACGGUAUUCCUAUUGCCGUAGGAGGUGCGUUUGUCGGCGCUUUGUGCUGUUACGGCCUGUUUCGAUACGGGGAUUUCGCACGAUUUUUACGUCUGUCACCAUCCAAGCAAGAAAAAUAUCAGACCAUUCAGGAGGCCUUGAGUCAAGGCGGCAUCAGCAUGAUUCUAUUGAUUCGUAUGAGCCCUAUUCCGUGGCAGUUCUCCAAUUUAUUGGUUUGUUUUGUGUCCAGCAUCACGUUUACCCAGUAUGCUGUUACCACCUUUAUAGCCUCCUUUAAGAUAUGUCUCGAUGUAUGGCUGGGAUCCCAGUUUGCCAACUUAUCCGAUCCAAAUCUCCCUCCAUCCGCUCGUCGUGUUGCUCUGGUCACCAUGGUUGCGAGUAUGGCUUUCUUGGGCGUCGUGGCUGUUUGGCUCUAUCGAUUGACUAUGGCGAAAGCUCAGAAAAUAACACGCGGUCAAAACUUGGCAAGAGACAGCAUCAUGCUUGAAAAAGUGUAAUCAUAUAUGCUUUAUUCUUAUCGAGCUGACUUAUCAUGGGUCAGGGAUGAGUUUUCAUUUUCUAGUUCCUUUUUAGGGUUCUGGAAGAACAAUGUUUGGGA